UGUAUGUAUUUUAAAAUUUACAAAUUGUUUAUAAAAUGCGCACAAUUAGGUCUUUGCAAACUAUUUGCAUAAAACCAGCCGCAGUGAUCAGUCGCACGUUAUAUUGAUUGCCUGGCUACUAUCGCACUAUUUCUUAUAAAUUAUAUAUUUUUUUGGGUACAUUGUUUCAAACAAUGUCUGAAGAAAAUGAAUCUAUUAAUAAUGGUGAUAAUGAUUCAAAUACGAGGGCUGUUAGUAGUUCAAGACCUUCUAGAUUAACCAUGGAACUUCCACUGUUUUUAACUAUGUUAUCAGUGUCACUAACAGGGGUAGCAAUAAGCAACAUUAUUCUGUACAGGACAUGUGUUCAUUCAUUAAAUCACAGCGAAGAAGAAUGUAAAGUAUUUCUUUCGCCUAUCAGAAAUAAUUCAACACAACCCUUGGAAAAAGAAGUCCAAAAAUAUGCAACAUUUGUUACUAUGGUUCGGACUAUGAUAGAGUCACUGGCUCCUGCUGUCCUUUCUCUGUUUCUAGGAGUGUGGUCCGAUAGACAUGGAAGGAAGCCUUUGGUUGUUUGGCCCCUAUUGGGCUUGUCCAUAAGCAGUGUGAUGACAGUUGUAUAUUGUAUGCUGGAUGGACUAGGACCCUGGUGGUAUAUCAUCUCUUCCAUUCCGAUGUCCAUGUCUGGAGGGUUCACUGCAUUAUUCACUGGAGCCUUCUGUUAUUUGAGCGACAUCACAUCGUCAGAAAAGAGAUCACUUAGGAUGACAAUACUAGAGGCGUCUGUGUCAGCAGGGAGUGUCAUUGGAUCCAUAGCGAGCUCGUACCUCCUGAGGGCGGUAGGAAAUGUGUAUCUACUGCUGAUAUCAACCUCGCUGUGCGUCAUAGGGUAUCUGUUUACCAACGUGUUCCUAUCAGAAUCUCUGCCCAACGCUACGCCGGGUGGCCUGAAAAGUCUAUUAGACUUAUCACUUGUCAAGGAGAUGAUGGUUAAAUGCUUCAAGAAACGACCCAACUACGGAAGAGCAGUGAUCCUAUUUUUGACGGUCGCAAACAGCCUGUCAAUAUUCAUACUGUAUGGUCUUCUAAGCUUAGACUACAUGUACUGUAGACAGAAGUUACACUGGGCGAUAAAACAGUACUCCACUUUUUCUGCGGUGCACACUACUACGUCGUUCUUUGGAUCAUUCUUCGGUGUGAUUUUGGUGCAGAAGUAUUUGAGAGUUAGCGAUUUGGUGUUUGCAAUUAUAGCCUUUGCGUCGCAGAGCAUAGAGUACAUUAUCAAAGCGUUCGCUACAGUAUCAUGGCAUAUGUACUUAGCCGCCGGUGUGACCAUAUUCAGGGGUCUCUCCGCACCAUUAAUAAGAUCUUAUCUAUCGAAGACAUUGCCUCCAGAAGAUAUAGCUAAAGUAUUUGCUCUGAUGUGCGCUAUAGAAGGAGUGAGUCCACUGAUCUCACCAGUAUUGUAUAGCUCGCUGUACGCUUAUACUCUGUCAGCGUUUCCGGGGGCAAUUUUCAUUUUGAGCGCUGGUAUCACUACGUCAUGUGCUGUGUUUUCAGGAAUCGCGCAGUACCUACGAUGGAGGAGUCCACCGAUCGAAUACGAGGCCGUGAACGUGACUAAUGAAUCGUGAUGAUUCAGAAAAGGAUUCUACGACUUAUAUAUAUAGCUAUAUUGUUAGUUUUAUGACCCCUAUGCUGACGGAAUAAUGAUCUUGCAGAGGUAAAAUAAGUCUGAAUGAACUGUAGACUUAUAAAAGUAAGUAUUUAUAAGGGUUUGGUGUUUUUUGAAAUUGUAAUUUGACAAAUAUUUUUAAGCUAAUGCAUAGCUUUUAUCGCGGGCGACCAAUCAGACCAAAUCAGUCGGCGUUGCCAGUCUUCGGCAUGGUGUUUGUGAGCAUGUGA